AUGGAACGAUGGACGGCUCUCAUGCCCGACAGGGCCCCUGCACCUGGUACACUUCCGGCACGGCCGCGACUGAUCGGUCGACUACCUGAAGAGGCGUGGCUUUGCGUCCUUCAAUUCCUCCCUAUCCCCGACCUGCCACAAGUCGCCCUUUGCUCGCGCAAACUCGCCAGCAUUGCGCGAGACGAUCGGCUGUGGAGGGUGAAGCUUAGCUGGCUGGGUUACCACGGGCCGGGCGAGAUUGACUGGCGAGACGGGAAGGAAGCGGUAGAAGGGUUGAGGCCAGAGGUCGCAGAUGGACAGCUUGCAGAAGCUGACGCGGUACAGGGUGGCGAGAACGGUUUAACAGCGUCGGGUGCCAUUUACGAGUCAAGCGACGACGAGUUUGGCGACUUCUUCCAGGGCGACAAGGAGGCCAAGCCGCGCGAUGCAGAAGCGGACGACGGCUUUGGCGACUUCCAAGAUGGCGAUUUGGAAGGAGAGGAUCCCUUCGGUUUGGCGGAAGACUUCUCGACGGUCGCGCUCGGAGAUGCGCCGCCUCGAACGAAGCCGCCUCCAGCCGACGACCUGCUUCUCAUGUUCGACGAUGAUGUCGCCCCUCCGACGUCUCUCCCGGCUCCAAGCAAACCUCGGCGGCCACCACCGGUAUCAAAGCUCACUUUCGACACGCCAAUCGCCGCCGGCUCGCCUACGACACCCUCGUGCAAACCGGGCGCCUUCACCUUCAACCCCUCGACGCCUACCUCCGCGACCCCAACUUCCGCCGGCCCUUCACAAAGUUUCCUUACCCUCUACAAGAAGCACCACGCCAUCCUAUUACCCUACUACAUCUCGCUGCAGACCCUCACAACCUCGUCUCUCGUCUUCACCACUUCAUCCCUCACACCCAUGCUCCGCGCUCAACUCCUCGCCUCUCUUGCACGAUUCUGCCAUCCUCUUGUCGCUCCGACCCGCUCUCUCCCGCAGCGGAUGACCGUUCUCCGCAACGUCCAGUCUGCCAUCGACUUCUUCGAAUCAGCGCUGCUCGCCGAGUUCGAGCGCGCCGACUCGAUCCAGGACGAGCAGUCAAUGAAGGAGAAGGCAGAGGUGAUGUGGGAGCUCAAUCAGAGCACGACGGUCUCGCAGGUGUUCGUGCAGAAGCGCGAGACGCUCUUCGGGACGAACCACUACCCCUUGCGGAACCUCACGAAGAUCGAGACGCCUUCGGGCGCCGAAGCGGACGGCAUCGACUUCUCAGCGAUGGACCGCUUCAUGUCGAACAACAUCUCGGUCCUCUCCCGGGAAGGAUCCCUCAUCGCCCGUGUCUUUCCGCCAGAAGCGAAGGUCCUGCUGUACUUCCUCGAGCGCAUCGCGAAUGAUGUCGUCUCCGACUACAUCGCACAACUGCUCGGCGCCGCACAACCACUCCAGAACCCUCUCUUCCUCCUCGCGACCGCCGCAACGUUCGGUCAGGUCUACCGCCUUGUCGACGCAGUUCUCGCUAUCGAGCCGAAGAAUCCGCUCAUAACGAAGGACGCUGCCGAGGACGUCAUCUUCAAGAUGUUCGAACCGCAGAUGGACGACUACCUGUCGGAAGAGGGCGAGUGGAUUCGCGAGGUGCUCGAAGGCAUGUGCGAGGAAUGGGAUCGCAAGACCGCUUCCGCUCUCGCCGUUUCCGACCCGACCUUCCUCGCCUCGUCGAAUCCUGCUCAAGUCAAGAAAAACGUCCUUGCCGGCUUCACCAAGGUUCUCCUCCUUCCCGUCACAAUCAUCCCUAAGACCGCCUCCUACGGCCUGAACGCCAUCACCUACGGCGCGACAGGCGUCAUCGACACUUUCGCCUCUCUCGGCACGCAGCUGAGCGGGAAUCGGACACCAACGGUCGCGCCCGCUGCAUCCUCGUCCGCUUCCUCAGUUGCAGAGGCGCCGCCACCGCCACCCUCUGUACCCAUCGCCAGUGUGCCGAUCGAGUCCUCCGCUUCAGCUUGGGGCGGAGAUGACGACGUGGCGCACGCUGGGCGUCUCUCGGUCGACGCAAACGGCACGAUCUCCGUGGCCAACGGCAACGCACACGACAUCCCGCUCUCAUCCGCGCCAUCUUCUGCUUCGACACCUCCGCCUCGACCAGCGACGCGAAGUCGUUUCGACCGGCUGCAGCUUCUGCUGUCGCUCGACACCGCUCUCCAGCUCAUUCAAGCCGACCGCGACUCGCUCAAGCGCAUCCAGACCUUCAUCCGCUAUCCCGGCACGUACGGUCGCAAGGUCCGCGACGCGAUCGAGGAGGUCUUCAUUGUCCUCCUGCAGGUCCUGGGCGAGAAGCACGUCUGUCCCGCGUUCGAGAAGGCGAAGUUGCAGAUGGAGACGUACAAGCCGCAGGACCACGACGACGACGAGGAUGUUGCGCCGCUGGUGCAGUUCUUUGAGCUCGUUCACAUCGGCGACACGAUCCAGCAGAUGGUCGACGUCUACUUCGAGAAGGAGAUGAACGCCUACAUCGACAAGCGCGACUUCCUCAACGUCGUCGUGCGGGAGAAGAAGAAGUUCGAAACCUCGCUUGACGACGCCGUCGCGCAAGGCUUGAACGCUGCAGUCAACAUCCUGAUGGGUCAAGUCGAGCAUGUCAUCACCUCGCGACAAGGCAUCCGCGACUACACGCCAGACGAGUCGGAGGACCUGGACCUUCAGCCGACGCGGGCGUGCAAGGACGCGACCCAGGUCCUGUCGAAGCAUUGUGACAUGCUCAAGGGCAGUACGGACAAGCAGAUCCUCGAGGUUUUCUACCAGGAGGUCGGCAUCCGGUUACACGGCAUCCUCCUCAAGCACCUCAAGCGACAGAUCGUCUCGACGCUCGGCGGCUUGCAGCUCAUCGCCGAUCUCAACGCCUACCACGCCUUUGUCACGUCGCUGCGACAGCCGCAGGUCACGGCGUACUUCUCGAGUCUCAAGAUGGUGGGCGAGCUGUUCCUCAUCGAGUCGCCUAAGGACCUCGGCGCCCUCGUGCGGGAUACGACGCGGUACGAGGGGACGCUGAGUCCGGAUGACCUGUACGAGCUGGUACAACGGCGAGCGGAUUGGAGCAAGAUUGAGCGGAUCGUCGACAAGCAGCUGUUCUCCCUUAGUGCCCAGGAUUGUUGUCUCCAGUAG